AUGGAUAAUCAAGAAUCAGAUGGAAUCAAUCCUAAUAUGCCUUCAUUCAUCGCCCAAGCUCCAUGAUAUAUAAAAGGUGAAUCAGGCUCUCUAAACCAUCAAAAAUCCCAAAAAUCCAAACUAAAAUCUACCAUUGACACUUGAUACUCAAAAGGUACAACAUCUAAUAUUUCCAAAAAAUUCCAAAAAGGUGCAUGUGCCAAUUGUGGAGCCCCUUCUCACAGUGCCAAAGACUGUGUGGAAAGGCCUCGAAAAGUCGGGGCAAAAUAUUCAAACAGAGACUUUAGACCUGAAGAAAACAUUCAAAAAAUUGAUCUCGAUUAUGACGGUAAACGUGACAGAUGGAACGGCUACCAGCCAGACAUGUAUAAAAAGGUCAUAGAAGAGUAUGAACAAAUAGAAACGGAAAAGAAAAAACGAAAAAUCGAAAAUACUGAAGAGCCAAUAAAUGAUCCUGAAUCAGCAGAAAUCAAUGAUGAAGCCAAAAACCAAACCUACGCUUAUAGUGAAAUGGUAAAUAAUGUUGACCCAAGAACCAAAACCAUAACUAGCAAUAAUCGUGUGAGAGAUGACACUGCCUGCUAUUUGUGGAAUUUAGACCAUACUAAUGCAAAUUAUGAUGGAAAAUCAAGGUCAAUGAAUGAACUUGAAGUAGGAAAAGGCAAUGACUCAGAGGAAGACCAAAUGUACAGAGACUCUUGGAUGAAAAUUUCAGGAGAUAUGGUGCCGAUGAUUGAGCAAGAAGAAUAUGUACAAAAAUUGUAUGAAAGAGGACAUGAUUUGCAUCCCUUGGCAAAUCCUUCACAGAGUGAGCUGGCUUAUAAGUGGUAUAAAGAAGAAAGCAAAAAGAGAAUUACGAAGAAAAAGAAGAAGCUGCUGGAUUUGUAUGGGGAUCAAGAUGAGUACUCGGAAGAAGAAGCUUUAGGAAAGGACAGCAAAAAUCAGAAUGAAAAUGGCACAAGUGAAAUUGAAGAAAGCCAGCCAAAAAAUGAUAAAACUUAA